AUGGGUGAAUCAGAAAAUGAGAAAUUCCUAAAGAAUUUAAAGACACUUAUUAAAAGACGAGACAUUGAAAAAAUAAAGACUUUAAUCAAUAACCCGAAAUUUGAGGUUAAUGUGCGUGAUGUCACACAAGAUUUACAGACGCCAAUGAUGAAAUUGUGUUAUAGUGAGAUACCGGACUCAAGUUUAAUGGCUAUUAUGGAUUUGCUCUUGGAACGCUAUGCUGACUUAAACCUACAGGAUUCUUCCGGGAAAACUGCGAUGAUGCAUGCGUGUUUGGCGAGACGAACGACAAUAGCAGACUAUAUUAUAAGUGAUCCUACUUCGAGACUGGAAAUGUUUGACUUUGAUGGAAAUUCCGUUUUGUCGCAUGCUGUUAAAAACAUUGACUAUAUCAUAACUAAACGGAUCUUAGAACAUCCAGCUGGUAUUAGUUUGCUAGAAAUAUAUAACAGUAAUGGACAAAAACCAUUACAUAUGGCAAUAAAGAGUGGAAAUAAAAAAAUAAUCAAAAUAAUAGAGCAGUUCGAAGCAAAUAUACCAAGAGCAAAAGUGAAAGAAAAACAAAUCAAACUAGGACACGACCCGGUUCCUUCGAUUUAUUCACCAAGAACGGAGAGGAAACUUUUACUAAAACGAGGACCGGUUGAUUCGUCUCUUGCUCUUCAAUUGGAAACGUCGUCUAAAAACGAUGACUCUGACCACGCUUUGACAUUAUCGUCUGUAAAACUCAACCGUAGCAAAAAGUGUGCAAAUACUAUUUUGUCACCAGAUCUUAUCUUACCCUCAAUUUCCGAAAAGACUGAGAAAAAUCGAACAUGGAAUAUGGAAUCUCCUCUUGCAAGAAGAAAAGCAAGGCGGAAUUCAGUAUCACUUCCUGACCUGCGCGAUUCACCUCUUGUUCAGUCAGGAGAGAAUACUCCGCUUAUGUUAGAUUUAAUAGAUGGACCUGAUGGGGAUGACGACGAUGAUGACACUUUUAUAAAUUCUGGUCGUUCUCCUAGGAAAACCACCGAGAAUAUUCAAAACAUUCGGAAAUGUAUCUCAGAAAAUCAGUUGUCUUUUCCAAGUAUAAUUAACAAAAACACAAGUAAGAAUUCUCAAGUGAAACGAACUCUGACUGAAUCAAGUAUCUACAGCAAUAGCGAUGAUGCUCUUUCUCGCACGAUGCAGAGAUUACUGUGAUUGAAUGUAUUUUUACGAAUCUUUAGUAUAACUUGCAUGUACGACAACAAACCAUUCUUUUCACUGGACUAUACACGCUUCAAUCUCAUAUUGAUUGAAGUGAUACAUUUUUGAAAUAUAUCAAGACUUUUGACCAAACUAGCUUGCGUUGCUAUCAAAGCAUACCAAAUGCAGAUAUAAUCUCGAAGUAUUACAUUCUGUUUUUUUUGUUGUAUUUAUUCAUUUUUAUAACAUAGUACUUAUACUACACUGAUAGUUGGUUUGAGAACACGAAAUCAGAGUUGUUUUGUUGUAAUUUUAAAUGUAUGUC